AUUGACAUCUACAUUUUAACUUUAACACAGAAUACAGAAUGCAUGCUCACUUUCAGGUGACAGCAUAUGAAUAGGUGUUCAGCCCCUUGAAAAAAAAGUACUUGGGAACCGGAGGAUUUCCUAGUCCUCCCUUAAAAUAUGUCAAAAAUGUUGUCAUUAGCCACAAGGACCAUACCCCGUUCUGUAAUUAGAACAUUAACUAAUUAUUUGGAAAGAAGCAUAUCAGAGGUACCUUCGAAGCGAAGGAUAGUUUGUCAAGGGGCUGGCGUAGUAUGUAAAUAUAGUGUAAAAGUAAAUAAUGGAGUUUUAUCAAGAGCUCAGAAAACUGUUACAUGUCAAAGUGAUAGGUAUUUCAGGACAUCAGGGGCUCUUCUUGACAGUCAGGUCGUAAAAUGUCCACCUUUUCCAGAGUCUGUCUCUGAAGGUGAUGUAAGGCUUGAAAAAAAAGUUGGCGACCACGUCGGACUCGAUGAAGUGGUAAUGGAAAUCGAGACGGACAAAACGGCAAUGCCAGUGCAUUCGCCAGGUGCCGGCAUCAUCGAGGAAAUUCUAGUCAAGGAUGGUGACACCGUCAAGGCGGGUCAGCCACUGUUCAAGUUGAAUGUUACCGGCAAGGCUCCUCCUGAGGCUGCUCCUAAGGCAGCACCACCCCCGGCUGCUCCCAAGGUUGAGGCCACCCCACCUUCAAAGCCUGCCGCAGCGGCACCACCACCACCCCCACCUCCACCACCAAAACCGGCGGCGCCCCCCACAGGAGCUCCCCCACCACCCAAACCUCCACUCACUUCGAUACCCGUGGCGGCGAUCCGUCACGCUCAAUCCCUGGAAGCAGCCGUCGUCAAGUUACCACCGCAGGAUCCCACGAAGGAAAUCACCGGCACCCGCACCGAGCAGAGGGUGAAAAUGAACAGGAUGAGGCUGAAGAUCGCGUCGCGGUUGAAGGAGGCCCAGAACACUAACGCCAUGUUGACCACCUUCAACGAAAUCGAUAUGUCGAGUAUUAUGGAUUUCCGUAAACAGAACCUGGAGGCCUUUCAGAAAAAGUACGGGCUGAAGCUUAGUUUCAUGUCCGCUUUUUUGAAGGCCUCGGCUUACGCCCUACAAGACCAACCAGUCGUGAACGCUGUCAUAGACGGCGGCGACAUCGUCUACAGGGACUUCGUGGAUAUUUCUGUGGCUGUGGCAACGCCUAAGGGUCUGGUGGUACCGGUGAUCCGUAACGUCGAAAGGAUGAAUUUCGCCGAUAUCGAGCAGGCCAUGGCCGUUUUGGCCGAUAAGGCGAGGAAAGGUCAGAUAGCGAUCGAGGACAUGGAUGGCGGUACUUUCACGAUCAGUAACGGUGGAGUGUUUGGUUCGCUUUUAGGCACGCCGAUUAUUAAUCCCCCACAGUCGGCCAUCUUGGGAAUGCACGGCAUCUUCGAGAGGCCCAUAGCGUUAAAGGGACAGGUUGUGAUUCGACCGAUGAUGUACGUAGCCCUGACUUACGACCACCGGCUUGUUGACGGUCGCGAAGCCGUAAUGUUCCUAAGGAAGAUCAAGCAAGCGGUGGAAGACCCCCGCGCCAUAUUAGCGGGUCUGUAACCGCCCGAUGGGUCCGUAAAAGACAAACCGUUACACGUCACCUAAAAAAAAAAAUCUGUCGUUCUUUUAAAGAAUAGGAGAGGUACCAUUCAGUUUUGUAGAAAGAAAAUCGCUGAUUUUUGCGAGUCUCGGACACUUCAUGCACUUCGCUCCUCAGUUGCGGAAAGUGUAAAUUAAGUAAUAUAUAUUGUAAAGUAUUGUGUAUUUAAAAUUUUUCUCAACUGGGUGUAUUUUAAAUAUAUUUUUUUUCAAAUGUCGCUUUUAAACUGUUCACUUUAUAUGGAGUUUAUUUAAAAUAAAAACAUGGUUUUUCAUGUUUCGAUAUUACAGUGUAGGUGUAGCCUACAUGUGGAUUAUUGUAUUAUUUAUUGUUAAAUAUAAAGUUUUAGAGAA